GUUAAACCAGACCACUGGGCUAACAAACUCGACCCAAUGCUGUCAGUACCAUCACAUUUAUUUCACCCCCCAGUUUAUUAUCACUUGAGAAUAAUGGACGGUAAUUUUGACGAUUUAUUUCAAGCCUUGAAGUCGAACGGCCUCUAUCAAAAGACUCGAUGUGCUAUCUUAUUGUUGUAUCCAAUAUCAAUGAUAUUUCAAGAGAGUUCCGUAGUCUUUAUAGGUAAAAUGCCAGAUCACCACUGUCGUACACCAGAGAGUCUAAACGUCACCAUACACAACACUUCACGAAAUGUAUUGUCAGACGAAAGUAACGCCAUAUUUAACAUCACGCUUGAACAAUGCAACAUCCGGGUCAGUAACGGAAGUGACGUCAUAUUCACAACACACUGCUUGGACGGAUACGUUUAUAGUGAACCUGAAACACAUUCUUUUGUGUCAGAGUGGGACUUAGUUUGUGAGAAAGAAAUGAUGUCUGAUCACUUACAGCUUGUAUUUAUGUCUGGUGAGCUUGUUGGAUCUCUCUUUCUUUCCAGAUUCUCGGAUACACACGGACGUAAGAAGACUUUAGUUUGGAGCAGUCUGGUGAUGUUGAUCUUCUCAACAACUUCUUCAUUUGUGCACAACUUUGUUCUGUUUCUGAUUCUCAAGUUUGUUACAGGAGUCUUUUUUGCAAAUGCUGGUCUGUCUACGUACACCCUGCUGAUUGAAAUGAUGCCGACAGAUCAAAGAGCACUACCAGAGACUAUCAAGUCUUUGUUGAUAUUACUAGGCGGUUUAAUGUUAUGUGUUAUCGCCAUGGUAGUACAACACUGGCACUUUAUCCAGCUCACUAUAUCUCUGUAUUCAUCGUACGUCGUGUUGCUUUACUGGCUGAUUGAUGAAUCCUUGAUUUGGCUGUGUUCAGUCAAGAAAUCUAAAGAGGCUGAGGCAUUGGUCCGAAAGAUUGCAAGAAUAAACAAAGUGGACCCAGAGAAGGCUUUGGGACUAUUACAGCUCAAACUCUGGCCAAACCCCAAGAAAUGCGAUGAGCUUGACACGACGGACACAAAAAGUUUAUUACACAAUCAAUGUGAGGAGAAGAAAGAGAGCCGUGUAGAAAUGAAACUGUUUCUAACAAACAGCCGGCUACUGAAGCUGACAGUGACAGCAAUGUAUUUAUGGUUUGCUGUGGCAUUAAGCACCCAGGGUUUAGUGAUGACCUCGACCUAUCUAACAGACGAUUUUUACCUUGGUUACACGCUGGGAACAUUAAUGGAAUUACCAGGGACGAUACUGUUUUGGUGUCUUAUCAACAGAAUUGGACGAAAAAGAUGUCUGUCCAUUUUCCCUUUAAUGGCUGCAUUCUUGCUAAUAUGCACAUCACUUUUAAACGCACCUUUUGCUGGGACUAGUCCAGGCAGAGACUGGCUUCUAAUAGCACUACCACUUAUAGGAAGAAUAGCCAUGAGUGUUACGUAUCAAUCUUCCAUACUUUAUGCAAACGAGUUGUUUCCAACUUGUGUCAGAAACACUGGAUGUGGUAUGGCAUAUGUCGCAGGGUCAAUAGGAGUUCUACUCUCACCAUAUAGCAGAACUUUAGUAAGACAUGUGGCGUGGGCCCCUAACGUCAUGUUUGGCGCCCUUUGCAUCAGCCUGCCAUUGGCUAUCCGAAGUUUACCAGAAACACUUGGCCGUGAACUACCCCAGACGUUGGAGGACUUAGAGAAGAAACCUCAGCCACUCAUAACGGUGUCAACAGAGAAUCUUUUAAUCAAAUAGCAAAAAUGUUUGAUCCUAUGAAGGCAAUGCUCUAUUCCAAAUUAUAGGAUAAACUUCCAUCAAUAUGUGACGCUUAUAGUAAACUAGAACUAUAGAGCAUUAUCCUUAAGUUAACAGUAUUGUGACCAUGGAAUUUGUGUGCUGAAGGCAACAUCCAAGCGUAGUCUGGGAAAUGAGAAAUAGUAAAAAAAAAUAAUCUUACAGAAUUGUAAACAAAUACUAUCCAAAUUGAUAUUAUAGAAAAAAUACACACAAUGCCAUGUUAAAAUACAGAAUAUAGCUAAGUCUACAUAAAUAACUUUAAACAUGCAGUCCUUCCCUCUCCUUCACACAAGCUUGUAUUCACUGUAUAGUCACAAACAAGUCAAAAUUAUAAAGAUCCCAUACAUGGGAAAAAAAAAGACAAUAUCUUCCCUGAAUUAUUUAGACAUCAUAGUAUCCGAACUCAAGGAACAAAAAAUUCAUUCAUCCUAUUUGCAUUUCAUUAUACAUAUAGUUCGCCCAUCGUGGUUCGAUGAAGACCACUUUGUCAUCCAGGGGGCUGAGGGCUUUGCACUGGGGUUUUAUGCCUCCUCAUGUGGCUGGUGAGACCUAUGUGAGCCCGGAAUGUUCAGCCGCACACUGGGCAGGUUAUUCCAGAUGGAGCUAGUGUCGUUUGUCUUGCUUUCUUUUCUGGCGUUUUUCUUCUGCCAGCGUUGUUCUCUUUUCCUCAGCAACCUGUGCGCCAGUUUUUACAGCGCGACGCCAUGAUGCUUUGUCAUGUGUCUCUGUCUCCCAUGUGCCAGGGUCUAUGCUGAACGCCUUCAGAGAAGCUUUGAGGGUGUCACUGAAGCGCUUUCUUUGACCACCUUGCGAGCGCUUUCCUUCGCUUAGUUGGCCAUACAAGAGUCGUUUAGGGGUGCGGUGGUCUUCCAUUCUGUAGACGUGACCUGCCCAUCGCAGCUGGGACUGCAUCAGGAUUGUGUGGAUGCUUUGCAGACACGCUCUUCGAAGGACUUUUGUAUCUGGUAUUUUGUCUUGCCAUUUAACAUUUAGUAUUUUUCUCACUCAUGUCAUGUGGAAGUGGUUUAGUUUUUUGCAUGUUUACUGCACACUGUCCAUGCUUCUGAGGCAUAGAGCAAUGUAGGGUGGAUGACGGCUCUAUAGACCCCUAGCUUUGUGUUUGUGGUGAUACCACCUCUGUUCCAGACAUUUGUAGACAGUCUGCCAUAGGAUGCACUGGCCUUGGCGAUACGCAGGUCGAUUUCACUAUCGAUUUUUCCAUUUCUGGAGAGUGUGCUGCCAAGAUAUGUGAAUUUGUCCACUGCGUUUAUAUCCUGUCCAUUUAUAAUAAUGCUUGGAUCCGAGUAGGCUUUCCCAGGAGCAGGUAGAUAUAAGACUUCAGUCUUGUUCGUAUUGAUGGUAAGGCCAAAGUCUGAGCAUGCUCUUGAGAAGUCACUGACGAUGCUCUGAAGAUCAUUUUCAGAGCAGGCAUUUAGGGCACAGUCUUCAGCAAAUAGCAAGUCUCUGAUUACUGCUGCAUUUGUUUUUGAUUUUGCUUUAAGCCGCCUUGGGUUGAAUAGGCCACCAUCAAAUCUGUAUGAUAUAUUUAUCCCGUUGUUUUCUCUGUUUGUGAAUGCAUCUGUCAGCAAUAGAAGAGAACAUGAUACUGAACAGUGUAGGUGCUAGGACACAGCCUUGUUUUACCCCGUUUGAUACUUCGAAGGGCUCUGAUGGUUCUCCACUUUCUUGGACACGAGCCUUCAUGCCAUCAUGAAAUAGUCUCAUCAUGGUUAUGAAUUUUUGUGGACAGCCAUACUUUGACAUGAUCUUCCAGAGUCCUUCUCUGCUAACAGUGUCGAAUGCCUUUGUUAAGUCGACAUAUAUUGAGAACAGGUCAGCAUUUUGUUCUUGGCAUUUCAUUAUAUGGCAAUAUCAAAUGAUCUAAGGGAGACAACCGUUAAUAUGGUAUACAUUUAGAGAACUUCGAAUAUCGUCUCUUUUGAAGACAUAAAUUUGUCAUUCUUGAUCGGUAUGUGACUGUGGUAUAUAAAUCAGAAGCACAGUUAUUCGAAUCAUAAUAUAGAUUAAUGAGUAUUUUAUCAGAUGUUUUUUUAUGUGUUUUCAAACGCUCUAAAAAGUUACCGGUUACCUUCCCUGUAUUACUCUAAAUUCUAAAUGAAACUGAAACAUAUCCACAAUGCGAAAGCAUUAUAUAAUAAAUACAGCCACCUAGUAUGUAAAAGUGAAAAAACUCCACAUUUACAAAUAUAUUUCAGUAAUGUAGAAAUUAAUUCACUUUUUCAAUCUAAAAAAAAUAAUUACCAAUAAUUAAUUGACAAAUUGGUUAAAUGUUUAAUCAUUUCUGUUUUGUAAGGUAGGCUACAAUAAAUAAUUUUGGAAAGUUUUCACUUUAUCAAAAACCUGGUGUGGGAGAAAAAAAUGUAUUCUAUUAUAUAAAUGGACAAAACCACACAUCUUUAGCCCUAUAUGUGAAUACUUAAGGAUUAAGAAGAAAUAACGUAUACAAACUUAAGAAAAGUUAGAUAAGACAGACUGAGGGAGAAAGCCUUAAGUAAGUAAACAUUUUAAUGUUUUUAGUUCUUUGUUUUGGGUCUUGUUUCCACUGGCUUCCUACUCAACGCAGGAAAAAACGUUUAAAUUUAAAUUGUAUCAGCACGCCAUUCAUAUGGAGAGAUCACCUGAGUGUGUUCGCGACAACGUUCCAACAAUAGAUAAUGCCCAGGCAUUCAUCUCGUUUUUAUGAGAUGAUUGAUACGCGUUUCGCAACUGAAUUAGGCAAUAUAUUUAAUUUUUUUUAAACACACCAUAAAUUUAGUUAGCAUGAUUACAAGAAUUUUCUUUCGAUUCGUUCAGAGCUUCAUUUUUAUUAUUAUGUGUAUGUAUCUAUCAUUAUAGUACUGUAAUGGCUAGCUAGUCUUCAGGUAUAUAUUUAACUCAUGUAUAUGAAACUGCUGUAAUAACUCAAGUGUGCAGUGAUAUAUAUAUAAUGUCCGCUAGCCCUAAAUCAGAGGCAUACACAUGUACGAAUUGUGGCAAAGUCUGCCGUUCUAGAAUUGGCUUAUUAGCCACACCAGAUUCUGCCCGUCUCAAGAUUAAGCCAAAACCAGUGACUCAUUCGGGCGCAUCCAUUGCCUUUCGAGACAAAAGGAGCCAUAUAUAUCUAUAUUAUAAAGUAGAAUGUGUGGUGUAUGUAUGUAUGUAUGUUACUUAUAGACAUCAAAACCGCUUGACCAAUCUUGAUAAAACUAGGCAGGAAUGUUCCUUGGGUACUAACUUAGACCGUAGUGUAUGUAUUGUAGCCUUAAAACAAACUUAAGACCCUCAAAAAAAAAUAAAGUUGUCCGACUCUAUUACAGCUAUAGUAUUUUAUGGAUCUAGGCCAUGUCUACAAUGUUGACAUGAGAAAAGAUCGAAAGGAUUUUUACCUAGAUCUAAUUUUAAGAAAUACACUUUGCGCAGAUA